AUGGAAGGCAGAUGGUGUCCGAAUACCGGCCAGCUUCGUAAUGGAACUUUAAGUGCAGUGUUAUCUGAUGAACGUGGAUGUCGACCAAAUGAAAUAGAAGAAAGAUGGCGUAUCUACUCAAGUAGCCGAUGGCCAUCCAAUAGACGAAAAACUCGAUUUGUCACUUGCUUUAAUAAACGCCGAACAUAUCUCCAUCCACAAGCGCCCCACCCCGCCUUACUUUGUUUUUUCUUUUGCUGUUAUCACCCUUUUCUCUUAGCAGUUAUCACCCUUGCACUUAUACUUUUCUCAUCUAUCUAUCUAUCUAUCUAUCUAUCUAUCUAUCUAUCUAUCUAUCUAUCUAUCUAUCUAUCUAUCUAUCUAUGCCAGUCUCUUCAUUAUCUAUCUAUCUAUCUAUCUAUCUAUCUAUCUAUCUAUCUAUCUAUCUAUGCUAGUCUCUUCAUUAUCUAUCUAUCUAUCUAUCUAUCUAUCUAUCUAUCUAUCUAUCUAUCUAUCUAUCUAUCUAUCUAUCCCUGUCUCUUCAUUAUUAUUAGAUAA